UCAUCAUCGCCCACCAGCACUAUCCUUACGCUCGCUACCAUCAUAUUAUUGUUUGUUUGGCCUGGAUGGCUUCCACGUGUCACUGCCUGGGUGAGCACUGAGAACAGGUUUUUGUGAAGCUCCACUUGUUGGUCUUCCAGAGCGAAAACGCGUCAAUAGCGCCUGGCCAAUCACCGCAACUCGCCCUGACCGAGUCCGCAUUUUCUGUGUUGACAAGCCGACAAAAACACUGGGCUCGCACUCGUCACCGUCACCGCGAGGACCCCUCUGUCUCUGAUUGUGAAUCAAGCCGCGAUUGCAUUGUCCCCUCGUUCCCAGCACCAGGUCGCCCAACUAUUGUCCCCCGUGCCUGGAUGUGACCGACGUCAACUGCACAAAUGCACUGCCAAUAAUCGACACUCGCGUUGUCCUUGUCUCACCCCGUUUCACCUUUGCCUGCCAUGGCCACUGCGGACGUAGUGCCUGGCGACGACUCUCUCAACUAUGGUCUACACACGUCAAUGGACGACUCCGCAGAUCCUUUUGUCGACGAUGGCCAGUCCCGUCAGUCAUUCCACGGCCACCGCUACUCCAGCCUGGUCGACCCCGAGUCCAUAGCGAUGGGCGCAAGCUUGUCCCCUUCUCAGGUCAAACGGAGCCUCAUGGCGCACCUUGCUGAAACCGAGCGACGCUUGCAUGACGCGCAGAAGCUGGGCGAGUCUCUCUUGAUGCAGCAGUCAGAACUCAAUGACAAGCUGCGCGAAGUGGAAGAACAGCAAGGCGAGGCGGAGAUUACACCCGAGUUGCGGCAAAGACUGGCUGAUCUAGAAAAGGAACAUAAUGACGUGGGCAAAGAGAUUGCGCGGGCACUGCUGGGCCCGAAAUCCAGAGCUGUCAGCGCAGAAGAGAAGCCCGGCAUGGAGCAGGCCAUCUACUCGAGCCAGGCGACAGCAUCUCCUUCAAAAGUUAUGGCCCCUAGCCGGCGCCAGCGCAAUCAGCCGAGCAAUCGGGGCGAUGACUUGCAGUUUGCGGCCGAUAUCAGCACCUCUCUCCUCGCCCAGGUUCGACAACUACAAAGUGCCGUGGCGGAACGAGAUGAGCUGUUGAAGGAGGUCAAGUCCGAACGUGACCGUCUGGAGAAAGAUGCUGCUCUUUUCUCGCAGCGUCUGCGAGCCUUGGACGAGAGCGAACAAAAGUACAAGGACGAGAACUGGAAUCUCGAGACCCAAACCCACGAGUUGCUCGCAGCUGCCCGUGAAGCUGCCGACCGCGAAAAGCGGCUCACUGCAAGUUUAGCCGCCACAACCGCCGAGAAAAGCCGGAUACAAAGUGAAAUGGAUGAAGUGAGAGCCGCCCAUGAAAAGUUAACCACUGAUCAUGCCACUGCCAAAAAAGCUCAUGAUUCCGAGCUGCAUACUCUGAAACGCACAAUAGAUUUGGGCGACAGCGAGAGGUCAUCGUUACAGCACAAGAUUGACGAGUUGACGGCACAAAACCAGGAGCUCGCCCGAGCUGUUGCUGCUCGCCUGCGCGGCGCUCAACCGGAUGCGGCUCCUGCGAAUCAAGAGCAUGAAGAGGACCUGAGGGACCUUGAAGCUCUAGAACAUUCACCACCUCCAUCCCCUACUAAGGCUACUCCAAGGCCAGGAGCUUUGGAAUCGGAAACAUUACGUAGCUCUCUACACCACGCCCAUCGGAUGAUCCAAAAUCUCAAGAACAACAUCCAUCGUGAAAAGACUGAAAAGAUUGAACUCAAACGCAUGCUUCAAGAUGCCCGAGAUGAGCUUGAGCAACGACGGGGAGACGGUUCUUUGGGUAGUGCAAGCAAACGCCAAAAGACCAAACCUGACCCUUUCAAGAAACCAGCCCGUCCUGAUAUGCUGGGCGGCAGCCGAAGGGCGCGGACCGAUGUGGAACUCGAGGACGAUGACUGGGAAGAUCAUGCGGUCGAAACGCCAAGUCGUCCCGUCAGUCAGAAACACUUGGCCGUGCCGUCUGCCGGUGAAGGCAUUACUGAUGCAAGCGAUGCAUACCAAACGGCGAACGAGACAGAAGGCAAUUUUGAAACAGCAGAUGAGAGACAUGCGACGGAGAGUGAGGAUUUCCAAACGGGUGCGGAAAGUCUGGCCGGCGACAGUACAGACGACCUCACCGAGACAGAAGAUACAGCCUCGCAUAGUCGAGGGGCAGGUUCUUCUCGUCGUCCAAGACCCAGUCUCACGUUCAAGCCUGCCGGAGAUCGUCAGUCAUUCAUUAGCACCGCUUCCACCUCUGCUGGAGAAGAGGAAGAAGCGCUCAAAACGCCGGUGGUGACACAAACUCACAAAUUCCGACUUAGAAAUGGACGGCAAUCAUUCGCUCGCCAAUCCAGAGUUCCAACCGACAGCACACCGACUAAUCUGUACUCGGACACUCUGUCUCAAGACUCUCCCGCAACGGUCACCAGUGACCGUAGCCCACCCGCUGCUGAGCAGAGUCUGUUUGCAGAGUUAGGUGGGCUCGACGAGACAGCGAGUUUUGGAACUCCUGGGAGAGCCAGCUUAGCCUCCGUCGCAUCUACACCGGGCAUCCCUGUUUAUACGCCAAUUAGACAGCUUACACAGCAAGAGACACCAAAAAGCGCUGUCAGGGCUGCUAUGGUCGAUGCUGCAACGAUGACUGAUUCAUGGGAGCCAGAACGAGAUCUACCUGACCAGAGUGGCCGUGCAGAAGAGCCUGUUGAGGAGACACCUUCUCCCUCGAGCGAGAGGGCGCAUUCGCCAUUGCCCUCUGACUUCCCAUUGCCUCCGACAGUGCCAACCUCACCAGUCAAGCAUAUCGACCACAGCACGCAGUACACUCCGCAGAGAGGAUUACAAGAAAGUCCGAUUAGGAACACUGCGUUCAUCACGCCUCCGAAAACUGUCUGGGAUGAGGCCCAGAGUCCAGAAAUGAUUCACUCCGAGGUCGAUGCUGCGACUCAGCCGCGGACACCCACAAGGUUCGAAUUCUCAGGUCUGGUAAUGCAUGAUACCACGCCAGUGUCUCCAGAAACCCCUCAGCCGACGCAAGCCGAGCCAUACACCUUCUCUGCCAUUCAGUCUCAAACAACUGAGCCCGUGCAGUCUCCCGCUAAACCGACCUUCAAUGGCGUCUCGGCUUCAACGCAAGCUGAUGAUCUUCCAGACCGUCCACGAACGGCAGAACGCGUCGUUGGAACGGGGCUUCUCGCAUCUGCUGCAGCUGCUUUGGGCUUUGCGAAAUCCAAGGAGACGCAAGUUCCCACAAUAGCAGAGGAUGAGACGAGUGAGCCAGAGAGAACGGUCAAAGAGCCUCUUGCUGAGGAAGGUGCUCCUUUGAAAGAUGUGUCCGGCAACAGGGGUCAACCCCAGGGGACAUUGGGAUCAGAAAUGAAAAAAACGGCGCAGGAAGAACGACCGCCCCCCACCUCCAAUCAUGACCGUGGCUCUCAAACGCUUCUUACAGCUGAAGAGAUCGACGAGGCUCUUCGCCCUAAGACUGCAGUCCCCAUAACACUUCCACCAAACGGCGAGUCCGCACAGAAUGUCACCAGUCCCCUCAGCCCGUUGACUCCAACGGAGGGAGCUUUGAUGAGUGAUGCGAAUGCACCUCUCACGAUCAAAUCAGGCCCAGAGUUCACUGCCACGGCGCCAGUUUCAGCCCCAUCUCCCAUCAAGCGACCGUCUAGCGCGUCAAGUCAGCGAGUAUCCAGCGCAGCAUCACAUCCGCCUCUCCCAGCUGAUCAUAAGGAAGUGAUCGCUAAGGCCAGCAGCCGGGUAGCAUCGCCCACCAAAGAACUCGGCGGUUCAGGUCAGACAUCAACGGUUAUGGGCCCACCAGCUUUCCCCGCCUCUGCAAUGCGUCGGCCACGCACUCCAGGAGAGUCUGUGCGGUCUCCCACUCGCGACAGCAAUCAGCCACGGACGUCCAAUGUCAGCCGUACACAGCGUGGGACUGUCACUUCUCAGAUAUCGCGUCGUUCCUCAGUUUCCUCGUUCGCCUCGGAAAUAGAUGAACGCUUCAACAUGCACCAGACAGGACAAGUCUCUGCUCACAAUUUUAGUACCGACCCAAGAAUCAUUCAAGCCAUCACGCAGACCAUGAUCGGUGAAUUCCUGUGGAAAUACACACGAAAGGCCGGGCGGUCUGAAAUGUCCGAGACCCGGCAUCGCCGGUAUUUCUGGGUGCAUCCUUACACCAAAACUCUUUACUGGUCGGACCAGGACCCCCAAACAGCCGGCAGGAGUGAGUUGAGGGCAAAGAGCGUGCUCAUAGAAAGCGUUCAUGUCGUUCCUGACGACAAUCCCAUGCCGCCGGGACUGCAUCGGAAAAGCCUCGAGGUGAUCACCCCCGGGAGACGCGUCAGGUUUACCGCGAGCACCGGCCAGCGACAUGAGACCUGGUUCAAUGCACUCAAUUACUUACUGCUCCGCGGUGAGGAGAACAGUCAAUAUGCAGCCGGUGGGAAUGAAAUUACUCGAGAUGACUUGGAAGAGUUCAACGUGAAUGGCGCCGGUUAUGGAGCUACCUUGAUUCCAAGCAAUAGCCGAAUGAGUCUCUCAAGCUACAACUCCCGUACAACGCGAGGCUCCCACCGUAACUCGGGGACCCAGCGCCAACAGCUCCCGCCCGGCGCGAUGGCAGCCAGCAGUACCACGCGUGUCCCUCAGGACUCCACGGCGAGCCGCACCGCUCCAAACUCCACAGUGCGGCGAAGUCGGGUGGAACAGUCUCAAGAACCUGACAAAGAUCGCACAGUUCGCGCUAGCAGCGUGAGUCGGUUUUCGCGUAUGCUGGGGUCAGUGACUGGACGGACGCCUAGAGUGAGCGAGGCGACGGUCAACACUCCUACACGCCCUAGCGGCACAAGGAGUGAAGGGGGGAGUAUCUACGAUGCCAGCGUUGUUAGCGAUGGGCGGAAGGAUUCUGCUGAGGAGUUGAGGAGGGAGAUGCUGAGGCAGGAGGAGGCGGCGUGGAAUGGAGGACUGGAGAAUGUGAGGGCAUGUUGUGAUGGCAAACACGAUGUCUCGACCCUGAGUCACAGUCACCGCCAUGCCUCGUCAAUCAGCCACGGGCACAGGAAUCUCGGCUUGAGCAUGAGCCUCCGAGGCUCGGUCAGGAGACGAGAUCAGUCCAGCACUCCAGGCCCCACUGCCUCUACCUCUGCGGCGUCCGGAUUGAACGCAACGACCCCCACGAGACAAGCGGCAGCGGCCACAGCGUCAUAGAGGACGUUGAGGCUGUGCUCGAGCGAUGGGGGGAUAAAUUGAGAACGAAUCAACGACGACUUUGGCGCAUCUUCCCUUGAUCACGGUUUUCCUUGUCGCUUGCACCUUUGCUCUCCAACCACCAAAAAAAAAAGUCGAGGGUCCUUAUCAUCUGGAUUGUAUCAGGCGUCGGUUCUACCACCUUUUUCCUAUGUCUGCAAUGUCAGUUUUCUGUGGUGAUUAGCAUGGCAAUGCACGGUGACGACUUUGAUGUGGUGGACAGAGCAAGUACUGAAGUCUGAGUCUGAGUUUGAGGUUGAGGGUUGAGUAGGGGCCUUGUCCUGGAUGAGGCCAGCAGGGCAUCGGAGCAUCGGGGCAUCAGGGCCAAAAGGCACGCAAUCUUGUUCUUAAUGUUUUGUUUGUUUCUUACUUCCUUCGUUGUGCUCUAUUUUGUUCCUGCUGGUAGAUAGUGGUGGUGGUGGUGGUUCCUCGCAACACGGUCGUAGUCAUGCUCAUGCUAAUGCUCACGGGGCGUACACACGGGCACGGAGGUAUUGGUUUGAGAAUAAUGAAUGAAUCGAGAUGAGAAACGAGUUCUGUG